AUGAGUUGGUGGGACCGGCCCAACAUCAAACACGGUGGCUUCUCCGAAGAAGAAGACAACAUCAUAUGUAGCCUCUAUAUUAGCAUCGGAAGCAGGUGGUCAAUAAUUGCAGCCCAGCUGCCGGGGAGAACUGACAACGACAUCAAGAACUACUGGAACACGAGGCUAAAGAAGAAGCUUCUAGGAAAGCAGAGGAAAGAGAAGAGCGGCCGCGGCAAACAAACCACGGCCAAGGGUUCAGGCGGUGGCCCAUGCUUCCAAACUGGGCCACCGCCUCAGCCUCUUCCACUGCCGUCUCUUCAACCCAUACCCUACUCCUCGGGCGAGGAGGCACGGUUCAACAACCACGCCUCCAUCAGAAGGCUUCUAAUGAAGCUCGGGGGUAGGUUUUCGACGCAAGACCCGAUUAGCUCAGGGCUCGCACCCGACAACGAUCAUCCUCGAUAUCCGGUCAUCGAUGAUCAAGCCCUAAUCCAACCAAUGUACGGUGAUCCAAUCGAUCAAUUGAUCAGUACUAGUUCUGACCAAACCCCUAUCUUGGGCAUGGUUCCGCCUCCGCCUCAUUUCGGGCUGGGCCCGGCCGAGGCGAGCGGCGGAGUGUAUGAGAAUUUGCAAGGGCUGGAGUUCUUAUAUGAUGAUUUGGUGAAUGGGAGUGUUUUUGGAGGAGAGAGUGUGGAUUGGGGAGAAAUGAAUCAGUGGAUUUGUGGACAAAAUGAGGUACCAUGGAACAUAAUCAAUGGUCAUUCUUGAUUUGGAUAUUUGUACAUUGUGCAUUGUAUAUGGUACUCUUUGUGUGGCUUGUGUUUUUGGAGAUGUUUGCUUAGUUUAUGUCCCAAACCCUAAUUAUAGUACUUCUCACAUUUUGAUGCA